UUUCUCGUGAGAGCUCACAAGCCAAUAAAGCUGAUCACACUUGCCACUUGAUCACUCCGGUACUUGUGAUUCAGUUGUUGUUCCAUUACUACAUAGGCCGACAACUCUUUCAAUUCUAGAUCUUCUUAAUACUUCCAUUUCCAAUCUUUCUUCUUACUUUUCAACAUUCUUGAUUCUACAUCACUGAGUACUAGGAAUUUCCAUUUCCUCGGCUUGAUUUGGUUACUUCUAUGAUCUGAGGUUUCACUGACUUUCUUGUCUUGACCCUUUAAUUCUUUCAAGAUCCACCAUCAUCACUUUCCAGAAGUGUAUAAUGGAUACUUGCUGUAUGGCUUUGAAAUCCACUGCCCAUUUGGGGUUUAACAAUAGAGAAAAGGAGUUUUUAGGGGAACAAAUCAGAGGGAGUUUGAAAAACAAUUUCAAGGUUGAUCAGUUGUCGAAAAGUUUGAAACUUGACAAGAAGGAGAACAAGAUCAAACCCGGGGUUGCUUUCUCUGUUAUCACUACAGAAAAUGACAUUCUGACUGUAGAGGCACCACGUUUUGAGAGACGGCGGGCAAAUCCCAAGGAUGUGGCUUCAGUCAUACUAGGAGGAGGUGCAGGGGCCAAGUUAUUCCCACUUACAAGUAGAACUGCCACCCCUGCUGUUCCUGUUGGAGGAUGCUACAGGCUAAUAGACAUCCCAAUGAGCAACUGUAUCAACAGUGGUAUUAACAAGAUUUUUGUGCUGACACAGUACAAUUCUGCUCCCCUGAAUCGUCAUAUUGCUCGAACAUAUUUUGGCAAUGGCGUGAACUUUGGAGAUGGAUUUGUUGAGGUACUAGCUGCAACUCAGACACCUGGGGAAACAGGGAAAAGAUGGUUUCAAGGAACUGCAGAUGCUGUUAGACAAUUUAUAUGGGUUUUUGAGGACGCUAAGAACAAAAAUGUUGAGAAUAUCCUUAUAUUAUCUGGAGAUCAUCUUUAUAGGAUGGAUUAUAUGGAAUUGGUGCAGAACCAUAUUGACCGGAAUUCUGAUAUUACUCUUUCAUGUGCACCAGCUGGGACUAGCCGAGCAUCAGAUUAUGGACUGGUCAAAAUUGACAGCAGAGGGAGAGUUGUCCAGUUUGCUGAAAAACCAAACGGUUUUGAUGUAAAAGCAAUGCAAGUAGAUACUACUCUCAUUGGAUUAUCUCCACAAGAUGCGAAGAAAUCUCCCUAUAUUGCUUCAAUGGGUGUUUAUGUAUUCAAGACAGAUGUACUGUUGAAGCUCUUGAAAUGGAGAUAUCCUACAGCUAAUGAUUUUGGCUCUGAAAUUAUACCAGCAGCUAUCGAUGAGUACAAUGUUCAAGCAUACAUAUUCAGAGACUACUGGGAGGACAUUGGGACAAUUAAAUCUUUUUAUGAUGCUAACUUGGAGCUCACAGAAGAGUUUCCAAAGUUUGAAUUUUAUGAUUCAAAAACACCUUUUUACACAUCUCCUAGGUUCCUUCCACCAACCAAGAUAGACAACUGCAAGAUUAAGGAUGCCAUAAUCUCUCAUGGAUGUUUCUUGCGCGAAUGUUCUGUUGAACACUCCAUUGUGGGCGAAAGAUCGCGCUUAGAUUGUGGCGUUGAACUGAAGGAUACAUUAAUGUUGGGAGCAGACUAUUAUCAAACAGAACCUGAGAUUGCUUCCCUGCUAGCAGAGGGGAAGGUACCAAUUGGAAUUGGGGAAAAUACAAAAAUAAGGAAUUGUAUCAUUGACAAGAAUGCAAAGAUAGGAAAGGAUGUUGUGAUCACGAAUAAAGAUGGUGUUCAAGAAGCAAACCGGCCAGAGGAAGGAUUCUACAUACGAUCAGGAUUAACAAUUAUAGCAGAGAAAGCCACAAUUAGAGAUGGAAUGGUCAUAUAAAUUGGGGAAGCAGAUCUUGUUGAUCUACUGGAGAUCCAUGGAAAAUCAAAAUCUCGACGUAAAGAAGAUCAAGGGUGACCCAUAUUCCAACACAACCAAGCACAUUCAGCAGCUGACUUUCUGAAGGAAGCUUGUUGUGCUCAUGUAAAAAGAGCAAGUAUAAUCGAGACACACGUCUAAAAUAAAACUUAAAAGCUACACCUCUAGAUGCCUAGUUCAUGUCAUAAGAGUCAAAUAUAUGUAAGAUAAACUGUAUUAGGUGUAGCAUUCUGAAGAAUAAUGACUUAUUAGUCAGCCUAGACUUUUAGUAUUGUAAAAGACACUAUGUUAAAAAAAUAUCUUAUGAUCUAUCUCUUAUUGUGUAUCUAUUAACUAAGCAUUUGGAACUCAAAGAUAUCUAUUUGGGACUAUUUGUGCC